AGUCCUGAAGUGUGGACAUCUUUCUGCAUCCUGCCUCCCUCUUCAUUAUCCAGGCUGCCGAUUUAAGUGCGUGCUGCCAGUCGGAUGCAGCAUUUCUGUGCUGCAUACACAUACUGUACUGUGCACUUGUUGCCUGUGUGUACAGGCAGCUCUUGCUGAGGGAUUUCUUUAAGUGUGUGCUUUCUUGUUUGUGAAUUAUUGAGGAGCCAGACCAGGGCAGAGUUCAGUGUGCAUAAGGACUGGUAGCUACAGUACAGUACAGUCUUAUUGUCAGUAUAUAAACCAAUUAUCUUCCUUACACUGCUGGGCUAGAGGAUGCUUUCUCCUGCAAGACAUCCAGCAAGGUGUCUGGUCAAAAUUGCAUAACCUUUUUUUUCUGGGACAAACUUGUGGAGUGGACCCCAACAUUAUGAUUAUUCAAGAAAGUGGGUCUCGGGUUUGCACUAUGAUGCCAGCAGUAGCUCUCCUGCACUAAAUUAAUAAAGAAACACGUCAUCCUUGCAGGGAAUUGUGGGAUUGUAAUCCUGGGCCAGAUGUAACCUCUGAUUAAACUCGGCAAAGACAUACAUAUCCCAGUAUGCACAGCAGUAGCUUUUAAGGUUAUGCUGUCCCAAAGCCAUCCGCUUAGUCUGAGUGAGAAAGAAAAGGGUUAAGGUUUGACUUGAAAUCAAUUUGCUGUUUGAAGCUGCACCAGAAGUUGAGCCAUGAGUGACCCAGAGGCUCAGGAUACCUUGGCUUCUACAGCUCACACUCCUGACCAGGAAGCCUUGUCUCCACGGAGCACAAGGUCAGCGCAGGAGGAAGAUGAUCUGAACAAGACGCUGGGGGUGGAGCGGUUUGAGGAGAUCCUGCACGAAUCCCACUCUCGCAGCGGCGGUGAUGACCUCCGACGCAACUACAACGAAGAAGACUUUGAAUAUCAUCGGCACUCCUCACACCACAUCCACCACCCUCUGUCCACACACCUGCUCUCUGAUGGGCGCAAGAAGAAAAACUCCAAGAAGAAGGGCAGUGGGGGGGGCAAGAAGAAGCCAAGGGCCUCCUCCCCGGGGGGCAGUGCUCCCACUAUUGAGGAAGGGGAAGAGGGGGAGGAUGAAGAGAUAGAGGAUCCCUGCAGCCCCCAGGAGGAAGUCUUCACCGCCCCCACCACUUCCCAGGACGUGCAGUUCUUUGUUUCGAAUGAUGAUACUGAGGACUCGGACUCCGCACCCUUGAAGGGAGUCAGCAGGACGCCACCCAGGAAGCUGGAGAUUGUGCCAACCUCUGCCCUCGAUGCAAACGAGAAGACCAAGAAUGCUGCUGACACAGAGGAGAAUGAUGCUACAGCAGAGAGAGCAGGAGGCAGCAGCAGCAUCCCCGGAACAUCCGCGCAUCCCACAGAGGGCAGCAUCCCUCCCAGCCGCCCCCACUCCAAAACCCAGCCAGCCCUCCGCAACUACAACCUGCGAGAGCGCCGGCGCAUCGGCAGCAUGACCGCCGUGGAGGAUGCCAUGUACCAGAAGGUCCCCACGGACGAGAGCGAGGCUCAGACCCUGGGGACUGCUGACCUUGACGGCAUGAAAAGUCACCGCUUUGAGGAUGUCCCAGGCUUCCGAAGGCACCUGGUUAGGAAGAGCACUAAAGGUCAGGUUAUCCACAUCAGCAAGGACCACAAGGAGCCCACAGCCCGGGCCAAGAAGAAUGACCGCACCCCACACGAGGUGUUUGUGGAGCUGAAUGAGCUCAUCCUUGAUAAGAACCAGGAGAUGCAGUGGCGAGAGACGGCGCGCUGGAUCAAGUUUGAGGAGGAUGUGGAGGAGGAGACGGACCGCUGGGGCAAACCCCACGUGGCCUCGCUCAGCUUCCGCAGCCUGCUGGAGCUCCGCAAGACCAUUGCACAAGGUGCGGUCCUGCUGGAUCUGGAUCAGAAGUCCCUCCCCGGUAUUGCUCACCAGGUGGUGGAGCAGAUGAUCAUCUCGGACCAGAUCAAAGCUGAGGACAGAGCCAAUGUCCUGAGGGCACUGCUGUUAAAGCACAGCCACCCGAGCGAUGAGAAGGAGUUCAGCUUCCCCAGGAACAUCUCCACAGCCAGCCUGGGCUCCCUGUUGCCGCACCACCACAGCACCAACCACAUCACGCAGGCCUCCGAGCCCUCCGUCAACGACCCACUCAUGGGGGGCGGCAGCCCCAAGGCCGAGCAUGAUACCCGCAUCCAUAUUGACAAACUGGAGAAGGAUGCUGCUCCGUCGCUUGGGAUACACAAGUCCAAGUCCAAGCAUGAGCUGAAACUGCUGGAGAAGAUCCCGGAGAAUGCGGAAGCCACUGUCGUACUCGUUGGCAGCGUAGAGUUCCUGGAGCAGCCCACCAUGGCGUUUGUCCGGCUGCACGAAGCGGUGGAGCUGGAGUCUGUGCUGGAGGUGCCUGUCCCGGUCCGGUUCCUCUUCGUCCUGCUUGGGCCCAGCAGCACCAACAUCGACUACCACGAGAUUGGCCGCUCCAUUUCCACACUCAUGUCUGACAAACACUUCCACGAAGCAGCGUACUUGGCUGACGACCGGCAGGACCUCCUGAAUGCCAUCAACGAGUUCCUGGACUGCAGCAUCGUGAUCCCACCUUCUGAGGUGGGGGGAGAGGAGCUGCUGAGCUCCUUGGCGCGCUUCCAGAAGGAGAUGCUGAAGAAGAGGGAGGAGCAGGAUAUCAAGCUGCUUGCCAAGGAGCCCAAGACCCCUGAGGAUAAAGUGGCCCUGCGGAUCAUCCAAGCGGUCGAGGGGGGUGAUGAUGACCCACUGCAGCGGACGGGCCGACCCUUCGGGGGGCUGAUCCGCGACGCCCGCAGGAGGUACCCCAAGUACCUGAGCGACUUCAAAGACGCCCUCAACCCACAGUGCAUGGCUGCCAUCAUCUUCAUCUACUUCGCUGCCCUCUCCCCUGCCAUCACCUUUGGAGGCCUGCUGGGUGAGAAGACGGAGGGUCUGAUGGGUGUGUCAGAACUCAUCAUCUCCACAGCGCUCCACGGCGUGGUGUUCUGCCUGCUCGGGGCCCAGCCCCUGCUUGUGGUUGGUUUCUCGGGGCCCCUGCUAGUCUUUGAAGAAGCUUUUUAUUCUUUCUGCAAAGCCAAUGAAAUGGAGUACCUGACGGGUCGGGUGUGGAUCGGGUUCUGGCUCAUCCUCAUCGUACUCAUCAUGGUGGCGUUCGAGGGCAGUUUCCUGGUGCGCUAUGUCUCACGCUUCACCCAGGAGAUCUUUGCCUUCCUCAUCUCUCUCAUCUUCAUCUACGAGACCUUCUCCAAGCUGGUUAAGAUAUUCCAAGAGCACCCCCUGCAACCCUGCUCCCUGAACAACGGGACACUGAGUAACUGGACACAGCCUCUGAUGAGCAAUGUGUCCCUGGGGGCGGGCAACAGCAGCACCUCCACGGCAGGGAAGGAGAUCGUGACGGGAAAGCCCAACACAGCCCUGCUCUCCCUCGUCCUCAUGGCCGGGACUUUCUUCAUCGCUUUCUACCUGCGCAAGUUCAAGAACAGCGCCUUCUUCCCUGGCAGAAUUCGAAGGUUAAUUGGAGACUUUGGGGUGCCCAUUGCCAUUCUCAUCAUGGUGCUGGUGAACUACAGCAUUACUGACACUUAUAUACAGAAAUUGAGCGUGCCCAGUGGAUUCUCGGUGACCAGCCCAGAUUUGCGAGGCUGGGUGAUUAACCCCUUCGGGGACAAUAAGGAAUUCCCCAUCUGGAUGAUGGUGGCCAGCAUCCUCCCUGCCAUCCUGGUCUUCAUCCUCAUCUUCAUGGAGACUCAGAUCACAUCGCUCAUCGUCACUAAGAAGGAGCGGAUGCUAGUGAAGGGAUCCGGGUUCCACCUGGACUUGCUCAUCAUUGUGGUCCUGGGUGGGGUUUGUGCCCUGUUUGGACUUCCCUGGAUGGCCGCAGCCACUGUCCGCUCCGUCACACACGCCAAUGCACUGACCGUCAUGAGCAAGGCUGUAGCGCCCGGGGACAAACCCAAGAUCCAGGAGGUCAAAGAGCAGAGAGUGACCGGGCUGCUGGUGGCUAUCUUAGUAGGUUUGUCCAUUGUGAUUGGUGAUCUCCUGCGGCAGAUCCCCCUGGCUGUCCUCUUCGGGAUCUUUCUCUACAUGGGGGUGACGUCUCUCAACGGCAUCCAGCUGUACGAGCGCAUGAUGCUGCUGCUUAUGCCCCCCAAAUACCAUCCCGACAAGACCUACGUCAGAAAGGUGCGCACUCUGCGGAUGCACUUGUUCACGGGGCUGCAGCUGGUGUGCCUGGCAGUGCUCUGGGCAGUCAUGUCCACAGUGGCCUCCUUGGCAUUCCCCUUUGUUCUCAUCAUGACCGUCCCCCUCAAGAUGUUCCUGCUGACCCGCAUCUUCACCGAGCGCGAGAUGAAAUCUUUGGACGGAGAUGAUGCAGAGCCUACAUCUUUUGAUAAGGAGGGUCAGGAUGAGUAUGAUGAGAUGCCCAUGCCUGUGUGAGCUGCCCAUCCACCACCUGCCCUGACAAUCAGCCAUGCCAGCCUACCAGCCACCCAGCCAAUCAGGGUGCCAGGGCCACUCAGGAUGGAACCAGACCUGCUCCUCCACUGUGCAUUUGUAAAUGGUGGAAUGCUGUUUGUGGUUCUUUCAGAACCCCCUCCCCCCAAAAAACAAGUUCCUGAAACAACAUGUGCUGAAGCACUUUAUAAUAUGGAUGGGUCACAUGAACCUGAUGCCACCUAAAAAAAAAAUACCCAAAACACUUAUUUAUAUUCCACACACACAAUUUUUUUUUUGUAUAUUUCAAUAGGGAUUGCUUAAUCAGAAACAGAUUUUCAAGUCACACAUGUGCCAGGCUUUUUCUUCCCUUGGAGCUGAAUGACAAAACUAGCUAAGGCUAUGUAAGUCCCCCACACACACGUUAAAUAAAAGAGCUGCUCAUUUUCAUUAUCACAUGGGCAGAAACUUAAUGAAAGUAUAAAUGGUGAGUGUGAAUCCCAAGAGACAGCCAGGCUUCAGUUUAACAUCAUCAUCUCAGCUGCUUUUGCAAUCACUAUGAAAGAAUUCUAUGUGCAGUGUAUUUAUUUUGUAUUGCUUUGUUCACCACUACCAGAGAACAAUACCUUUCUUUUCAUACCUCUGUAUUCAACCCCCCCCCCCCCCCCCCCCCCCAAUAUAAGUUAGAGGUUAUUAUUUGUGACUGAUGGUAGCCACAGAAAGUGUCUUAAACUGGAGAAAUAAUGUGUUUAGGAAUUCAGGUAACAAGGGUGGUUAUUUAGGGAUCACAGCCUCUGUAUUCUAGGAGUAGCCCAGUGCUUGUCCCUUAUUCCCCAACCCAAAAUCUUAAGCAAACACUCGUAAUCAUGAGGCCUGACCCACCUGAUGCGUAAUGCUCUACUGUGGUUCCAGCUCGCUGUCCCUUUCACAAACACGCACAAACAAAUGUAAACAAAUUACAACCGCUCAACUCAUUCCAGUUUCUCAAGACCAAGGUGUCUUUUUUUUUUUUUUUUUUUAAAUCAUUCCAUGUAAUAAUAUUCUUUCUCUUUUUGGCAAGAGGGAAAGAGGGUACAUUUUAAAGAAGCAGCACUAGCUUGUUGUUUUGGAUGAUAGUACCGCUAAAUGUUUUUUAAAAAAUUGAAGCAGAGUAAGCUCUAGGUUGACAGUGCAUUGAAGUGCCACAAAGGAAAGGGGUUGGUGUUGUGUUAAUCUUUGUUGGUGUCGAUCCACUGUUAAACCUGACGUGUGGAUACAUGAACGUAUUACACUGCGCACGUGUUUGCCUUCUUUAUAAAGAUGUUUUAGAAUACAGAAAUAUAUUUUAGAAUGUCAUGAAUAAGCGGAAAACAUAAAAUUAUAUUGUUAUUGUAUACCACUGGUGUGUAUGUAUGUCACACAAACAUACAUACAUUAACUAUAUAAAAUACAUUUGAUUCAAUUGUGGCCUUAAAAAUGUACACACGCAGGGUAACUGUUGAGCAUGCUUACAAAUAUAUUGGAAUUGGAAGAUAGCGGCUAGAAUGUAGGAAUCUUCUCCCUGUCACUGGGUCAGAGCUUUCAGUUCUACUGUAUGUUUGACUCUGUUAAUGGAAAGUGUUGCAUUUGUGUUUAUCAGAAUGAUUAAUAAAUCUUUUUUUUUUUUAUUUUUUCCUGUGGGGAGGGAGUUUAUUUAUAGACUGAAUGGCAUUUGACCUAUAUACAGUUUCUUUUUAUACUGUAUACUGCAUUCAACACUAUUAUCUUACUACAUUGUGUGUUAAUAGAGUAUAUACAAAAAUUAUCUUUUGGUUUUAGCCAAAUAUACCAUAUUUAUUUAGCUGUGUGAUAUUUUAUCCAGGAUAAUCAUGUGGGGUGUACAGACCCUUUACCAACGUACUUGAAUCCUGGUGUGGCAGUGAAGAAGCAUUCAAUGCGAUAAAGGGGAGUUUAUAACAGUUUUGAUAUAAAAGUUUCAGGUGAUUUAAGGCUUUGUGCCAGUGCAUGGGGAAUUUCUUAAAAAUAAAUACAUUUUAGAAAACUAAGACACACACUAUGCAUUGUUUUAAUUCAUGUUUUAUUUUUAUUUUUAUUUUGUAUUCCCAUUGUAGUGGAGAUAGAGAAUAGGUGUGUUAGAUGUUUUUGUGUUUUUUUUUUUUUUUAAUUCUCACUACUUCUUUACUGUUGCUGCUAUCCGGCAAGUAACAUAAUAUCAGCAGCGUGCCAGCUGAUUUGAUGAGGCAGGAAAUUACAGAUAUCUUUUAAAAUGGGAAUUGGUGGACUCGGUAAAAGCAGUGCUUCGUUAGUUCUUUUAAGAAAUAUAGUAUAGCCAUAGUUUUAUAUAGCCUAUUUUCACACAGUAGGAACUAUGCAUGUACGCUUGUAAUGAAUUGACAUCUCAACCCAUUGGAUUGAUCGGAAGGGCAAGAAAAAGUUGGAUGCAAACCGCAAACUAUACAGUUCCAAAGGUGAAUGUCUUGCCAUUCAACUAAAGAACAAGCUCCUGUAGUCGAGAGUUAAGUAGGGGUCUUAUGCGGAUGUCAGUAUUGUUAACUCAUCAGCUGCUAGGAGGAGGUUCAUUACAGUCUCCUCCCGCUUUAUCAAAGCUCAUCCUUGAGCAUAAAGACAAGUGCACAGCCAGCUAGGCUCAGGGAGGGGGUUUCAAUGUCGGGCUUGUAACCGCGGCCACUUGCUGUACCCCAGGAUUCGGAGCAACUUUAGAAUCACGUGUCUCGCAAGCCAGCAUACGUGCUAUAGCUGUAAUAGAAAGAACACAGACAUUAGAUUUGCCCUGUAUCUGCCAUCACAGUAUUGAAUGGCCAUUUGAUUGAAUGGGGUUUUUAGACCAUGCUUUAGGAGUUUAGAACAGGAUUAUUAAAAUAGAAAUGUAAAACACAUUUACCAAACUAUAGUUUAUUUUUAUUUUUAUUUUUAUAUAUAUAUAUAUAUAUAUAUAUAUAUAUAUAUAUAUAUAUAUAUAUAUAUAUAUAUAUAUAUAAAUAUGCACAUACAUACAUACAUACAUACAUCCACACAAAAUAUUAAUAGUUUUGACAUCUAGGUUUCAGCUGGGUACAGUGUGGUCAAAUCCACCUUUCCAUAUGAAAGGGAAAUAUAUCCUAAAAAUAUUUGUUUUGGCUACUUUGAUGUAUUUCUAAUAUAUUCUAAAUGUUAGCAGAAUAAAAUACAUUCUGACUGUAUAUGAAAUAAGAUCAAAUACAUUUGCAGUAUAUUUCAGAUAUAUUUCCUUCAUAUGUGGGCUUACCUGGGAGACACAGCACUGUAUGUUGCUGGCACACAAAACGUGCUAUUUAAAUUUCACAAAUAAAGAAUAAGAUUUGGUGUUUCACGCCCAUUUGGCAAUACUGUAUUGUGUGUAGUUGUGUUGCUGUGUAGGUUUUAUUGUUUGAAAGUCUGGCAGACAUUUUUAUUAUAUAUUCUGUUUUUUUUUAAAUCAGCAUUCUUGAAUGAUGUGGGAAUAACAGCACGAGAGUGCCUUUCCCCUGGUCAGUCACUUAGAUAUAUAUAUAUAUAUAUAUAUAUAUAUAUAUAUAUAUAUAUAUAUAUAUAUAUAUAUAUAUAUAUAUACUGUACACUACACUACACACACACACACAUUGAUUUGGCAGCGUGCCUUAACCCUGCCCCAGAGAAAGAGAGUGUGCUGUUUGCAGUGAUAAGAAGGCAGUCCGUUCUCCAUGCCAAUCCAGUUCUUAAUCUGUCUGUAACGUGUUGCUUGUUGUUGCUACAUAAAUAAAUAAUGAUACUGUAAUGGGCGUAGUGUUGUGGAUGAUGUAGUUUGUAUCAGAUUAUCUGUUAGAUUUGUGUCAAUUGCUACAAGCUGUACAUAGUUCUACAUCUAGUUUUUAAAACAAUAAUAAAUGCAAAUUUUCUAUUUAACUCUA